UACCUAACCUGGGACGUGACACUUAGCUGCUUUGACGCAACUGAAAUUUGGAGGUUAUGUUGAUCAACAAAAGAUUUUCGGAGGGGGUAGGGGUUUUUGUUUCAACUUUAUUUUUUUAAUUUUAUUCAACAUUUUUAACAAUGGAUGUCGAUCUUUUGAGACCAGGAACUGUUCCUAUAUCGCCCGAUACAAUAUUAUGGUUCGAAUUUCUUUUAAAUCCAUCCUUAUUGGAAAAACAUAUCUCGAAACCUUCACCAGAUCCUUCGCCAACUGAUCUAAUUAUCAAAUUUAUGACAAUAAACAAUGAACACAAAGAUCCGGAAAUAAAAAUAAUUGACGGAGAAUCAAUUGACACGAUAUCAAAUAUAACACCAAAUUGGACACACAAAAAUCUUGCACUAAAAAUUUUAUCACUCAAAGUGGCCGCUUAUUUACAAUGGGAUUUAGAUAUAAUCGAGAAAAAAUUGCCAUUGCCCCUACAAGUAAAUUUACUGCAGGAUUUAUUUUUUAUCACAUCGGACGCAAUUGUGGAAAUUCCAGGAAUUCCAGACUAUCAAUUGACAACAAUUUCAGAUCAACUUUUGUUCACAAUUGUCCUCUAUCACAGAUGGCAUUUGAGGGCGAUUAUUUUCCGCGCAUUAAAUAAUAGACAAUCGAAGCAACAAUUUCUUCACAAUUUAGGAAUUCAAGAUUCAGCGUUCAUUUCACCUGGUUUGACUGACGAUAUUGUGAGGAAAUUGGAGGGAAAUGUUUCGACUUCGUUGAAUGCAUUAAAUGCUGUUCUUCAUUUGGACGAUAUGAAGCCAAAGGUUUUAUCUGUAAAUACUUUUCAAAUGUUGACAGAAGACAGUACGGAAAUAAAACAAAAUUGGAACAAUAUGAUCAGUAUAACCGCAGAAGAAUUUAAAUGUCAGAUACAUUAUGAUCUGGCAAUAUUUUACCUACUUCGGGAAGAAUAUCAAAAUGCUAAUCAUCAUAUUUCUCAAGCAAAUAAUCUCUUUCAAAUAUUGGACAAUUCGGGGAAUUUGGUUUACUGCAAAGUGAAAAAGGAAUGGCUAGAAGGAUGUUGCCUUGCUUGUCAUGUUUCUGUUGAAAGUAUUAAGCCAAGUCUCACUCAACAGUUACUUUCUUCUGUGAAAGAUCAAUUCAUGAAUAUUAUACAAAUCCUUCAGAACGACAAUAUAGUGCGAGAAAUUCCUCAAGUUUACAGAGACAAUUUAGAACUGGAUAUUCAGGGCGGAUUGACUAACAGGAAAAUAAUUGUGGCCCGUGAUCUUCCAUUGCAAAUCCAAUGUCUCAACCUUGUUAGAAAAAUACUGGAAAAUAAAGUAAUUGUUGGUGACUAUGUGUCGGAAAUAAAAGCCGCUGGAGUACGAGGACUUGAUGUUUUCUUCUCUGCGAUUGAUAAUGUUUUGGAUUGUGUCUCUGAAAGCGAUAGAAAACGAAUUGCCCAAUAUCUUUUGUACCUUAAUUUGACAGCUGAGGUUGAGGGUCUAGCAAAUAAAAUUCUUCACAGUCCGAAAUACGUGAAUUUAUUCAAUGAAAGAGAACUCGGUGAAAUAAAGAAGGAAGCAUCCUUCAAUGAUCUCGAAAUUCCGACCAUGUUAUUGACUAACGACUGGGGUGUUCCUUGUAUCACUUAUACAAGAACUCUGAAAGUGGAAAUUUUUGAACUCGAGCAACGUCUCAUUUUGUCUUACAAUCCGAUAGAAAUUCAUGAAACCCUAAUUAGACUCGACGGUACAAAUUCAACCAAACCUUUAUGGAAAGUGAACGGUUGCUGGGAAUUGCCAAUUCCUUUGCAAAGUGUUGUCAUGUCCCUGCCAAGGGGAUUUCUUCAGGAUUAUUCCUACAUUCUAUUAGGCAAGAGUCGUGAAUUGGCAUUGGGAAAGGAUUUCGAGAGAUCGAAAGAAUUGCUAAAUGUUCUUGCUGCUGAAGUUCAACAUCACACGGGAAAUCUUACAUUUAAACUCUGUCGAUUAAUCAGUUGGGAAAUUUUACUCGUCGAAAUUUGGCAUUGUUUACAUUGUUGGCCCGGUACUAAUAUUUGCGAUGUACAUGCUUUGGUGGAAAGGGCGAAAUUGUGCUUGGCUGCUUUACAAUCAACUGAUAAAGUUCUCCCUCGACAGGAAGUGAUAGAAUUUUCGACAAUUUUUCUUUUAAAUAUGACAGAAUGGGAUUAUUUGACGACUCUUGAAAAAAGAUGGAGUUACACGGAAUUCGCGGCGGCAAUUAGUUCUGUUUGUCAAGAUGUUGUCAAGUACAAAGGUGGCAGAAAAUUUUCUCGAGAAGCUUGGGAUAUGGUUUUGGCAGCUUUCGCGCCAAACAGAGAUCCUCCACAAAAACGAAGUGCAGGAAGUUCUGGCAGUGGAAAUUCUUCUCGAGAUUCAAUGACAGGAAUAUCGUCGACUUUGAGUAGACUACGUGAACCCACAGCUCUCUCGGUGAUGAUUUCACUUCUCGCCCGGCUUCACAAUGUUUUGCGCGAUGAAUCAAGUUUGGAACUUAACACUCAAUAUUUAACUCUUUGGCCUGCGAGUGUUGCAAAUUCGAACUCGUAUAAUAUUAGGAACAUUGGAGAAAUUCUUUUUCAAUUACUUACUCAGGCCCUUAAACUCUAUCCUAGCAAUAUUUCUUGGCUGAAGUCAAUGGGCGAUCUUAAUUUUGUUCUAGGAUUCCACGAGAGUGCCAUGAAGUAUUAUUUGAAAGCGAUAAUAGUUUCGAGCGAUUUGUUCUCGCAACCAGUGCCACGGGCCCAAAUUGAAGAUUUCGUUUACAGAAGAAUGAUCAAAUGUUGCGCGCAUUUACAAUGCUACACUCAGGCGGCUGUUCUUUGUCAAUUUUUAGAGGAUGUCGAUUAUGCUCUUGCUUUUAAAAUGGCAGCGAGUGAUCAAAAAAGUUGCGCUCCCGCUGACGCGAUGGACGCUUAUUAUCACUGCAUUUGGGACACGACAAUUCUCGAGUAUCUUAUUUAUUUGCACACCAAAAGAGGAGAACAUCACCGCAAACAAUUGGCGAUUAAGGUGAUCGGUUUACUGGAACUGAAUUCGAAUAAUAACGAGGAGAUUCAGAGAGAAGCGGCAAACACCCGAAAGGCCAAAUUUUUAAGAGCUCUCUCUAAACAGUACGUUUAUUAAUAAAAAUUAAAUUGAGAAAAAAGUUUACUGCGAUAAAUUGUAAAAAGAGUAAGUAAGUUUGUAUAUUAUUAAUAGGAAAUUAUUUUAUAAUAAUUUUAUAAUAUUAGACACAGUGUUUAAAUGAA